AUGAGUCAUUAUACGUUGGUCUCAAAGAAGAGUAUGGCUGCACAGGAUGAUCCUAUCCUUGAAAACCCCGAACUUGCUUCGGCCAUGAGAGAAGGAACCAAGGUGGUUCACCGAGCUGCCGAAAGCAGUGUGUUCACAAAGAAAUUUCUCAAAGGCGACAUUACCAAGGACGAAUAUGGACAGUAUAUUUCUUCACUUUACUUUAUCUACAGCACCAUGGAGCGUUUGUUGCGUAGCCACAAGAAUCAUCCUGUCCUGCAAAACAUUUGUUUUCCUACUGAAUUGGAGCGAGAGCAAGCUUUAUUGAAUGAUCUCGAAUUUUACUACGGCAAGGAGCGUCUCCCUGAAUUAACCUCGCCUCUCUCGAUGACACCGGCUGUGAAGGCUUAUGUGCAGUCAUUGGAAGCUGCCUGCAGUGUCGAUCCGCUCCUUCUCGUCGCUCACAGCUAUUCCCGCUAUUUGGGAGAUUUGAGCGGUGGACAAAUCUUGGCGAGACGUUUGAAGAAACAUGUGCUCAACCUUGAAAAGGAUGAUGCCUCCUGGGAUUCGGAGGAUGGUCUCCAUUUUUACCAGUUCAAUAACAUUGGCAACCAUAAUCAGUUCAAGACAUUGUAUCGCGAAAGGCUCGAUACGCUACAGGUGAAUUCUCGCACCAAAGCAAUGAUUGUUGCCGAAGCUAUUCGUUCUUUUGAACUGAAUAUUGCGGUAUUUGACGAAAUUCAAGCGAUUUCCGAUGCCAAGCAACUCAAGCCAACCAUGAUCACGGACGAUGUCACUAAGCCCACCGUUUCUACAUGGUUGGCAAAUCCACUUUAUGUGGCUUCGGCCGGUAUUGCAGUCGCCUCUGUUGGUCUCAUUGCCUACCAGCGCUAUGUCCGCAACGCUUAA